AUGCGAUGGGUUUGUAAGGAGCAGGACCUCUCUGCUCAGGACGAGAACGCUACCGGAUGGAGGCGUCGAAAGAAAGGCCGCCAUUUUAGAAGCAUACGGCACAAUGACACGGCUUUUUGUGGACUGUUCAUAUUAAAUCUAUUUAUAACUAUAUCUAACUUUUUAUCUAUAUAUGAAUAUCUAUCUAUCGUUAUCGUAAUCUCUCUCGCUCUAUCUACCUCUUUCUGUUUCUAUCUCGCUAGAUAUACAUGUAUCUACACGUUCAUAUCUAUCUAUCUAUCUAUCUAUCUAUCUAUCUAUCUAUCUAUCUAUCUAUCUAUCUAUCUAUCUCAGUCUAUUCACAUCAAUCUUCCUUGCCUUCUAUCUAUCUAUCUAUCUAUCUAUCUAUCUAUCUAUCUAUCUAUCUAUCUAUCUAUCUAUUCAUCUCAAUCUAUUCACAUCAAUCUUCCUAUGCCUUCUAUCUAUCUAUCUAUCUAUCUCAGUCUAUUCACAUCAAUCAUCCUUGCCUUCUAUCUAUCUAUCUAUCUAUCUAUCUAUCUAUCUAUCUAUCUAUCUAUCUAUCUCAGUUAUUCGCCUCUAAAGUCUAUGGGUAAAGUAUGUUCAUAUCUAUCUAUCUAUCUAUCUAUCUAUCUAUCUAUCUAUCUAUCUAUCUAUCUAUCUAUCUAUCUCAGUCUGUUCAUAUCUACAAGCCUGAUCAUAUCCAAUAUUAUUCUAUUCAUAUCUAUCUAUCUAUCUAUCUAUCUAUCUAUCUAUCUAUCUAUUACACCACCCACACAUCCGCAGAUAGCAAUGAGAAUUACCUUUUUCUAUUUUUCACCACUUUUACUUCUUUUUAACGUAAUGAACGUCCCGUCUCUUUUCAAAUCAUUUCUCUCAGGAAACCGUAUUCCCUUCUUUACAAAUAUUUUUCACUUAUUUCGUUCUCUCAUGAAAACGUUCUUUUCAAAUUCAUUCUCCAUUUUUACUUCUUUCAUACAUGAAAACGUGUUCGGCUGUAUUCCAAUGUCUCUCCCUCUCUUCAAACACUUUCUCUAUUUUUACCUCUUUCUUUCACGAAAAAAUUUCCUCAAUGCGAAUGAUUUUUAUUUUUUACCUUUUUCUUCUUCCUCACAUAACUCCGCCCCCGUUUUCAAAUCCUUUCUCGAUUUUAAUUUCUUUUCUUCGUAA